CUGUUUCAGGCUUACUUAUCAACUGUGUCAAUAUUGGAAUUACCAGCAUCACCAAGAAAAUGGUAAAGACCGCUGAUUGAAAAACCUCGAUAAGAAUAAUAGAUAGUGUGUAAAUCGCAAUACUUUCUUAAGCUCUCCUGCCAAAGAAGUGGGAUUCAUUUUCUCGUGAUGGCAUGCAAUGGUGGUGAUUGCCCCGUCAAGGCUUCGGAAUAUACCUCUAGUGCAACCGUAGAGGGCGUCACAACAGAACCUUGGCUUUUCACUCCUGGUGACAACUCCAGUAAUAGGACGGAGGAGGAUGAUUCUAGAGACGAAAAUCUUGCAAAAUGGGAGAUUUUCGUGAGCAGUGUAAUUCUUGUCGUCGCUCUCUUUGGCAACUCCAUCGUAGUACAUUCCCUCUGGAGGCGUCGUAAGAAACUGUCACGGAUGCACUUCUUCAUUCUUCACCUCUGCGUUGCCGAUUUGUUGACCUGUCUCCUAAGCAUUUUCCCUCAGCUCGUCUGGGACAUUAGCUACCUUUUCUAUGCUCCAGAUGUGAUAUGCCGAAUCGUCAAGUACGGCCAAGUCUUUCCGAUGUAUCUCUCAACGUACAUCCUUGUCAUGACGGCCAUCGAUCGCUAUAUCGCAAUCUGCCACCCGUUACUCGGCCUCCGUGGGGAUUAUACGCAACGCAUGCGCAUCAUGAUUGCGGUAGCAUAUGGAUUGUCGUUUCUUUAUGCCAUACCACAAAUAGUGAUCUUCAGGAAUGUUGCUGUGGAAGGUGGAUACCAAUGCUGGGCAGUGAUGAAAUAUAGCACGUGGUCUCCACGAGCCUACAUAACUUUCUUCGUGUUGGCGGUCUAUGUCAUACCAAGCACAAUCCUUGGUAUCACAUACGGACUUGUCUGCUACACUGUAUGGCGGAACAUGGGGAAGACUCCAGACAGUGACAGACAUAAGAUCAAGAAUGGUGGACAUCAUUCCAGUAAUGUAGCUACUACCAACCUCGACGAAGACGAAGGUGAUACUGAUGGCGCAGAAGUAAAGGUCUCAAAAUCUACAUCCGAGAGGGAAGAUCCACUCUGCAGGAAGCACGGGUCAGCUGCAAGGGUCAGCAGGGCAAAGGUCAAAACCAUCAAGAUGACCCUCACCAUUGUCACGGUUUAUGUAGCUUGUUGGACGCCAUUCAGCUUGGCACAGCUUUGGAACGUGUGGCAUCCCCCGAGUGCCCCCUUUCAUGGAGACGCAUUCACCAUUAUCAUGCUGCUGGCUAACCUAAACAGUUGCACCAACCCGUUGAUUUACCUGGCCUUUAGUGGCAACGUCAAGCGUGAAACCCUUGAGACGUUCGGUUGCUUCAAGUUCCUUCGGGCUACCUCAGGCCACUUCAGCAAGUCAAAGUAUGCCAACGACCGGACGCACAUGGAGGACAACUCCAGUCGCUACGCUUCAAGCACAUCUCAUGUUGGGUCAAAGACACUAUAUUCGAGCUUGGACACAACCGGAAGGGAGGGCCCGAUCGCGGGAUAUGCCUGUAAUUUCGGGUCAUCGGCGGCACAAACCCGUGACAUCUGAGAGAUUGGAUGCCCCGCUACAAUCAAAAUUUAGCCGUUCACUCUUAAAAAUGUUGGGCAACAUACGGUCCACACAACAAUUGGUUAAAACUU